AUUUUCGCCUCUCCUCCGAGAAAUUUACUGAGAUUUGGAUUUUUGGUUCUUGAUUUCGAUUUUGCUUUCGUCUGCUGGAAUUUUUCGAGAUCGGAGAUGGCGAGGAACGGCCCGACGUGGCGGAGGAGGACGGAGAAGGUGGACGGAUUUGAGCUCUCACCUUCUGAUUCGGAGGAGGUUCAUGUCCUGGCAGUUGAUGAUAGCCUCGUUGAUCGGAAAGUUAUCGAAAGGUUGCUUAGAAUUUCCUCUUGUAAAGUGACGGCGGUGGAUAGUGGCCGGAGAGCUCUGCAAUUCCUUGGAUUGGACGAAGAAAAGAGCAACACCGGUUUUCAGGAUUUGAAGGUCGAUCUUAUCAUAACUGAUUAUUGUAUGCCUGGAAUGUCUGGUUACGAAUUGCUUAAGAAAAUUAAGGAAUCAUCUGCUUUUAGAGAAAUUCCAGUGGUAAUCAUGUCAUCGGAAAAUGUCUUAGCUCGAAUCGACAGGUGUUUGGAGGAAGGAGCAGAGGAUUUCAUAGUUAAGCCGGUGAAAUUGUCCGAUGUUGAACGGCUAAAAGACUACAUGACGAGGGAUGUCAGAGAUGGAGUCAGAAACAGAGAAGGAAUCAACAAAAGAAAGCAACGAGAUAGCAGCGACGAACUCUCCUCCUCUUCGUCACCGCCGUCGAUCUCAUCAUCACCGUCAUCGUCAUCAUCUCAACCGUCCCCGUCCCCGUCCCCGUCCCCAUCGCCAUCUCCAUCACCAUCACCGUCAAUUCUAUCAUCAUCAGCACCGUGCUCCCCAUCCUCAACGUUAGAUUCCCCUACCCGACGGCUCAAAAUGGCCAACUCCGAUGGACCUCCCUCCAUUUAGGAAAAAUAAAGAAAAAAAGAAGAAGAAGAAGGAAAACCUCCCCUUAAAUUCCGCAAUUAUCCGUUAUUUUUUAACGGUUUUGGUUGCAUAACAAUGCAUGAACCCACCCCUGUUUUUCCUUCUUAUCCUCAACUGUUCUUUUGUAAUAUUUUUGUUUAUUUUAUUAUAUGUGACCAGUGGGUUACAACUUACAAAAUCUUUCUAGUAAUUAACUAAUUGAUUAUAUACGAUUGUGUAUAAAGAUUUCCAGGUCAGAAAAUUGGAUUAGUGAUCCUUAUAUCAUUCCUCCGUGUUUUACAGUUUAAUAUUUAAAUGGUGAAAUAAGAAUUAUUGAAUAAGGAAUUUGUUUUUCA